GGAAGCUCUCAAGACCAUUCCCACCAAGGGAAAAUACUCCAUCUUCUUAGCCAUUUUUGUUCUCUUAGCUUCAUUGUCUUCAGCAUUUGCCAAAAUUCAGCAGCACGAGUUUGUUGUUCAAGCUACUCCAGUGAAGAGGCUGUGCAAUACCCACAGCACCAUCACAGUGAAUGGACAAUUCCCGGGCCCAACAUUGGAAAUCUACAAUGGAGACACUUUGGUCGUGAAAGUCAUCAACAAAGCUCGUUACAAUGUGACCAUUCACUGGCACGGUAUUCGACAAAUGAGAACAGGGUGGGCUGAUGGACCAGAAUUUGUGACUCAGUGUCCCAUUCGACCUGGAGAAAGUUACACCUAUCGUUUUACUGUUCAAGGACAAGAAGGAACACUUUGGUGGCACGCUCAUAGCUCAUGGCUAAGAGCCACCGUUUAUGGAGCUUUAAUCAUUCGUCCCAGGGAAGGAGAGGCCUACCCUUUUCCUAAGCCAAAGCGCGAGACACCCAUUCUUCUAGGGGAAUGGUGGGACGCAAACCCCAUAGAUGUUCUGAGGCAGGCCACACAAACAGGAGCAGCACCGAACGUCUCUGAUGCUUACACUAUCAAUGGUCAACCUGGCGAUCUUUACAAGUGCUCUAGCCAAGAGACAACUAUUGUUCCAGUAGAUUCUGGCGAGACCAACCUCCUCCGAGUCAUCAAUGCUGCACUCAACCAACCCCUCUUCUUCACCGUAGCCAACCACAAGUUCACAGUGGUUGGUGCUGAUGCCUCUUACCUUAAGCCUUUCACCACCACAGUCAUCAUGGUAGGACCUGGCCAAACCACCGACGUUCUCAUCAGCGGUGACCAACCACCAUCACGGUACUACAUGGCGGCGCGUGCUUACCAAUCAGCACAAAACGCUCCCUUUGACAACACAACCACCACUGCCAUUCUUGAAUACAAAUCAGCCCCAUGUCCUGCUAAGGGAGUAGCAGUUAAAACAGUUAUGCCUUCUCUCCCUGCUUACAAUGACACAAACACAGUCACUUCAUUCAGCAGAAGCUUCAGAAGCCCAAGGCAAGUUGAGGUUCCCACAGAAAUAGAUGAGAACCUCUUCUUCACUAUUGGCUUAGGACUCAACAAUUGCCCACCAAAUUUCAAUGCAAACCAAUGUCAAGGACCCAAUGGGACACGGUUCACUGCUAGCAUGAACAAUGUGUCAUUUGUUCUCCCAAACAACGUUUCAAUCCUUCAGGCUCAUAAACUUGGAGUUCAAGGAGUGUUCACCACUGAUUUUCCGGUUAACCCUCCGGUGCAAUUUGACUACACCGGUAAUGUGAGCCGUUCACUCUGGCAACCUGUUCCGGGGACUAAAGUAACCAAGUUGAAGUUUGGAUCAAGGGUGCAGAUUGUGUUGCAGGACACUAGUAUUGUCACGCCUGAGAACCACCCAAUUCAUCUUCAUGGGUAUGAUUUCUACAUCGUAGCAGAGGGAUUUGGAAAUUUUGACUCCAAGAAAGAUACAUCAAAAUUCAACCUUGUUGAUCCACCUAUGAGGAACACAGUGGCAGUACCUGUGAAUGGAUGGGCAGUUAUCAGAUUUGUUGCUGACAACCCAGGUGCUUGGAUUAUGCAUUGUCACUUGGAUGUUCAUAUCGGGUGGGGUUUGGCCACUGUGCUAUUGGUAGAUGACGGAGUAGGCCUAUUGCAAUCCAUAGAACCCCCUCCGGAGGACCUGCCUCUCUGUUAGGAUAAUCAAAAUUGUCAAAUUCGUUAGCCCAGUUAUCAGGGUCGUAAUCUUUCUUAGUAUUGAAGUUUAUUGUUGUUUCCCUGCAUUGGGGGCUUUUCUCAUUUUGGUCUGUAUCAUUUUUCUUUUCAUAUAU